UUUUAGACGCCAUUUUUGGUUCUCGGCUUUUGGUUAUUUUCGUAAACUGUUUUUCAAGAAAUUUAUUAAAAUUAAUGCUCUUUUUACCAAUUUUUUAGUUUAAAAGUUAGUUAUAUAAUUGUCGUUUAUUGUUUAAAACAUCCGUUACUGGUUGGCUUCUCUUAAUGGUGAAUAUGGGAGACGAAAAAGAUAAUAAGGAACGCGAACGUAGUAGAGAACGGGAUGGCAAAGAGAGACGAAGAAGAUCGCGUUCACGUGAACACAGGAGACGUUCACGAUCCCGUUCUAGGGAACGCAGGAGGAGAAGUCGUUCGGGAUCACCUAGGGCAGCAGCCAAUGCUCAUAAAGGUGCUGGACAUUCUAGACGAAGAAAACCUUCUUUAUAUUGGGAUGUACCUCCACCAGGAUUUGAACAUAUCACUCCUCUUCAAUACAAAGCUAUGCAGGCUGCUGGUCAAAUCCCGGCUAAUAUUGUAGCCGAUACUCCUCAAGCUGCUGUACCAGUGGUUGGUUCCACAAUUACCAGACAGGCUCGAAGGUUGUAUGUGGGUAACAUUCCGUUUGGUGUUACUGAAGACGAAAUGAUGGAAUAUUUCAAUCAACAGAUGCACUUGAGUGGUCUUGCACAAGCUGCAGGCAACCCUGUGCUUGCUUGCCAGAUUAACCUGGACAAAAACUUUGCAUUUUUAGAGUUUAGGUCAAUUGACGAGACGACACAAGCCAUGGCUUUCGAUGGAAUUAAUUUUAAAGGACAAUCUUUGAAAAUUCGUAGACCGCACGAUUAUCAACCCAUGCCCGGCAUGUCGGAGAACUCGAUUAGCGUACCGGCCGGCGUUAUUAGCACGGUGGUACCCGAUUCACCACAUAAAAUAUUUAUUGGUGGGUUACCUAACUAUUUGAACGAAGAUCAGGUGAAAGAAUUACUGAUGUCCUUCGGUCAGUUAAGGGCCUUUAAUUUGGUCAAGGACACGGCCUUCGGUUUGAGCAAGGGCUACGCCUUUGCAGAAUACGUGGACAUCACCAUGACAGAUCAGGCUAUUGCAGGUUUGAACGGUAUGCAGCUGGGCGACAAGAGGUUGAUAGUGCAAAGGGCCAGCGUAGGAGCUAAGAACACCACGGUACUACCGGCGGUACAAAUUCAAGUGCCGGGACUUAGUUUGGUCGGUGCUUCGGGACCGCCUACCGAAGUACUUUGUCUACUUAACAUGGUUACUCCUGAUGAACUGAAGGACGAAGAAGAAUACGAAGACAUUUUGGAGGAUAUCAAGGAAGAAUGCAACAAGUAUGGCGUGGUGCGCAGUAUAGAGAUACCCAGGCCCAUCGAAGGAGUGGAAGUACCAGGUUGUGGCAAGGUGUUUGUCGAGUUCAAUUCCGUCCUGGACUGUCAAAAGGCUCAGCAAACGCUGACGGGACGAAAGUUCAGCAACAGGGUCGUGGUGACGUCGUACUUCGAUCCGGACAAGUACCACCGAAGAGAAUUUUAAUUUAUUUCAAGUCUUUCCUAAUAAUAAUAAAUAAUAAGAGAAUAAGAUUUAAUCCGGUUGGCUUUGGAUUUGACAGCGACUGAGACAUAAGACGAUUAAUUUCAGAUGUCAACGAUCAGAGCUUUCUAGAUUACGUUUUUGUGUCUUUUGCUUUAGUAAUGUAGAGAAAAAAUAAAUUAAUUGCCGAAUUUUUUAAAGACAAUGGA